AUGUCGUCCAGAGGCAACAAUUACAAUGCACCUCCUUCCAAUAAAUAUAUGAAUGACUUCAGCAAAGCCCUGUCGUAUGAGAUGCACAUUCUUCUAGAGGAGGUCGGGAAGCUCAGAGACGAACAGAGACAACUACAAUAUGAGAUUGACGAGCUGAAGAGCAUAAAGGCGAAAUAUGGUGGUGCAGUUGAGGAGCCUGCAGCGCCGGAGCCAGAACCCGUUCCUGCUCCGCCUGCGCCUCAGGGCAUCCUCGGCGACGCGCCUGCACCCCCUGCCUGGCGCACAGUGCAUAAGCGCGAGGAGCGUCGCAAGUCUAAGUCUAAGCCUAAGGCACUUCCUACUCCCGAGCCUGUUCCUGCGCCAUCCCCGGCACGGGCUGCCAUGAACAUGCCCAGGUGGGCUCAAUGGAGGCCGAACGUCGGGAUGUCGCCCAAUCCUCGUGCAGCGCCAGCUGUAACACCGUCGCCCGUGCCCUCGCGUCUUGGCUUGUUCGGUCCUCCGUCCCCGCCGCCACAUUAA